AUGGGGCACUGCCAUCGCCGAGUGUCCCCACACCCGGUGGGGACCCCCCCCACCUCCGCCAAAGGCACCCAGUGUGAUGGGAGCAAGGAGGCACCCAUGGAGCCGGAGAGCACUGGCAGUCUGGGUGAUGCCCGUGGCCGGGACCCGCUGGGGAAGGCUGCCAUGGCCAGUGGAGCCAAAUUUGGUGGCCUGGGGGGGGGCAGGGAACCUCAUAUGAUCUCGCUGAAGGCUGGGGACACUCUUGUAGGUCUGAGCGUGACGCUCCCCGGGCUCCUUUCUCCACCCGCGGUGAACAGGGACGGCGGGGACUCCCCCAGUGCACCCCUGCCCCGGCGAGGACCAAGCUGCGACCGCUGGCCCCAGCAACGCCAGGAGCAGGGGCUCGGGGGUGACCUGACGGAGGAAAGCGAUGCCCUGGAACCCACCCUGGGGCCAAAAUGCACCCAGGGGCUACAGCGGCACGGGGCCGGCAACCAGCCGGAGCAGCUGCUUGCCGGCUCCGGCUGCCGGUGGAGCUGCGAUGGGCUGUUCGGCACAGCCGGCCUCGGCACGGGGCUGGCGCUGCCUGGCCUCCCCGCGCCCAGCGUGGGACGGGUGAAGACGACCCGGUUGCGAGGGGCUGGGGAGCGGGGGGGGCUGGCCCCCCGCCCGCCGCCUGACAGCCGGCACCGCGACUCCUGGGGAACGAGCGGAGCUCACCCGGCGGGUGCUCCUGGGCUGCCGCCCCGUGCCCCACCACCCCACCGGUCACCGUCCCCUUCUGUCCACCUCGGGAUGGCCGUGUCACCCUCUACCCGCCGCCUCCUGCCCCUCUUCCUGGGGCUCUUCCAGGGUGCCCUGCUCCUCUUCUUCGCCCUUUUUGUCACCUACGACAAGCCCUCAGCACAGGCGGAGGAUGUCAACUUGGUGGCCAACCAGCUCUACGGCAUCUUCCCCCUCUUCCAGGACAUCCAGGUGAUGCUGGUGGUGGGGCUGGGGCUCCUGCUGACCUUCCUGCCCCAAUACGGGUUCAGCGCCCUCACCCACAACUUCCUCCUGCUCAACUUCUCCACGCAAUGGGCGCUGGUGCUGCAGGGCUUGCUCCAUCACUUCCACCACGGCCAGGUCCACCUGGACCUCCACAACCUCCUCACCGCUGAGUUCGCUGCUGUGACGGUGCUCAUCUCCGUGGGGGCCGUCCUGGGAAGGACCAGCCCCUGCCAGCUCCUUGUCGUGGCCGCCUGUGAAGUCCCCAUCUACCUUGCCAGCGAGUGGGCCAUCACCACCCAACUGGGCGUCCUGGACGUGGGGGGCACCAUCACAAUCCACGUCUUCUCCUGCUAUUUCGGCCUCGGCAUGUCCAAGGCUCUGUUUGGGGCAGUGCAGCAGCCAGUGCACCCCAAGGAGACCCCAACACCCCGCUCCGACCUCCUGUCCCUCGUGGGGACGCUCAUCCUCUGGGUUUUCUGGCCCAGCUUCGUGGCCGUUCUCUGCCAACCAGGAGAUGCCCAGCAUCGUGCCAUCCUGAACACCCUCCUGGCCAUGAGUGCCAGCGCCGUGACCACCGUGGUGGCCUCCAGCCUGCUGGAGAGUGACGGCAAGCUCAGCCCUGGCCACCUGCAGAACGGCAGCCUGGCCGGCGGGGUGGCCAUCGGCGCGGUGGCUGACAUGGCCGUGCCACCGGUGGCCGCCCUCGCCCUGGGUAGCCUCUCGGCCGUGGCGUGUGUCCUUGGCUUCAGGUUCCUCACCCCGCUCCUGGCAAGGAAGCUCGCGCUCUGGGACCAGUGUGGCAUCCACAACCUCCACGGCUUACCCGGCAUCCUCGGCGCCGCAGCCAGUGCUGUGGCCAUCCUGGUGGCACCCGAGGACACCUCUGGGGCGGGCCGGCAGGCGCUGUGCCAAGUGGUGGGGCUGGCAGUGGCCAUCGGGGCCUCGCUGCUCACCGGGCUACUCACCGGUGCCGCGCUCCGGCUGCCCUGCCUGGCCCGGCCGCCCGAGCGGCUCUGCUUUGACGACUCGCUGUAUUUUAAGAUCCAGGAUCAGGCUGAGAACUCCAGGACGGGUGACACCGUCGAGGAAGGAGCCCUGGCUCUGAGGGAGCGGGUUUAG